AAUUGCUAUCCCCUUGUCUGGAAAAGCCGCUCUCCUUAUUACAAACAUUAGAACCGGCGAAUAUACUUCCGGAAGCUUUUCACAGCGCGAGAUCGAUACGACGAGCUUUUUCAAACAUCUGGAUAAACAAUGUCUCGAAGGUAUGAUUCCAGAACAACAAUCUUUUCCCCAGAAGGUCGUCUUUAUCAGGUGGAAUAUGCUAUGGAAGCAAUUGGUCAUGCUGGCACAUGCCUUGGGAUCUUAGCAAAUGAUGGAGUUUUGCUAGCAGCCGAGAGGCGCAACAUUCACAAAUUGCUCGACGAAGUGUUCUUUUCAGAGAAAAUAUACAAACUUAAUGAUGAUAUGGCUUGCAGUGUAGCUGGAAUAACGUCUGAUGCAAAUGUAUUGACAAAUGAACUGCGACUCAUCGCUCAGAGGUAUUUACUGCAAUAUCAAGAGCCAAUUCCCUGUGAGCAGUUAGUUACAGCUCUAUGUGAUAUCAAACAGGCUUACACCCAGUUUGGAGGAAAGAGGCCUUUUGGUGUAUCUUUGUUGUAUAUGGGUUGGGAUAAACAUUACGGAUUUCAGCUUUACCAGAGUGACCCUAGUGGAAAUUAUGGAGGUUGGAAAGCUACUUGCAUUGGAAAUAACAGUGCUGCAGCAGUAUCCAUGUUAAAGCAAGACUUUAAAGAGGGAGAGAUGUCAUUACAGUCUGCCCUUGCUUUGGCUGUUAAAGUACUAAACAAGACCAUGGAUGUUAGCAAAUUGUCUGCUGAGAAGGUUGAAAUUGCAACUCUAACCAGAGAAAAUGGAAAAACAAAAAUCAAAGUUCUAAAGUUAAAGGAAGUGGAGGAACUGAUAAAGCAACACGAGGAAGAGGAAGCAAAAGCAGAGCGGGAAAAGAAAGAAAAAGAACAAAAGGAAAAGGAGAAAUAAGUUAGCUUUUUGGUUUGUUUACCUUUACAGCCUCAAUCUUUAAAAAUAUUGCAAAGGUUUGUGUCCACAUUACAGUACAUUUUUAUGAACUUUCAAAAAAUUGUAUGUAUAAUUUGUAAAACAUAAUGCCAAUGUUAAUAAAAUAAAAAUAAUUUGUGUUAA